AAUGUGGCUGUACUGGGAAACAAAUAUGGCGGAUGUGAGAGUAAUAUUUGUUGUUCCACGUGCGAAAAAUAAUUAAAAAUAGAUACACGGUUUAAAUUAAUAUUAUUAUGUAUUAAAAGUAUUAAUUAAAAGUUACUGAAAAUGGUUAUCGCUACGGAUGAAAUGGAGGAGAAGGACUUGGCUCAGUCGCUGAGUCUUUUAAUUGAAAUGAAUGCAAGUGUUAUUGAAGUUAAUAAACUGGUGGAAUUGAUGAUGAGUCGUGCUAAAAAUGGUGAAUUAUCAACCUCCAAAGGCUUAAGUUUUUUAGAAACUAAAUAUCACAUGUUACUCUCAUACCUCAUUAAUUUGACGUACAUUAUUUUAAAAAAAUGUUCUGGAGAACAAAUCGAAGGCAGUCCAUCGAUUGAUCGUCUUGUUGAAAUAAAAACAGUAUUGGAAAAAAUAAAACCCAUUGAUUACAAGCUCAAGUAUCAAAUUGACAAACUGGUAAGAAGUACAGGGAGUGGUGCUGGUAAUGAUGACAUGGACCCAACUAAAUUCAAAGCCAAUCCUGAUGCUUUUGCUGCUAAAAUUGAUGAGGAUGAUGAGGAUGAGGAUGAGAGUGAUGAUGAAGAAGAAGGUGAUGCCAAAGAUACUGAUAAGAAGAAGCAGAAGAAAGGUGUUUAUGUCCCACCUAAAAUUGCGGCUCUCCAUUAUGACGGAGAUGACACUAAGUUGGAUAAAAUACGCAAAGCUGAAGAACGAUCUCGCAGACAAGCAGUGUCAGGUGCAAUAUUACGUGAAUUGAAAGACGAAUUCCUCGAUACGCCUAUGGAGGAUAGUCUUGACAGAGAAAAGAAAAUAGAUUUGAGUAAUGAACACAAACAAAAAAUUGAAUAUGAAGAAACUUACUUGACACGAUUACCAGUUUCUAAACAAGAAAACCAUCGCAAUCGUCAAAUGUCAACCCUGGGUACACUUGGUGAUGAAAUAACAAGCUUUGGUGGCCCUUCUGCUGGUAAAAAACGUCGUGCUGCUAAAGAAAAAACUAAGAAACGCUUCAAGAAGAAGCGAAACUUUUAAAUGCCAAAAUUUCUCCAAGCAAUUUUAAAAAACUAAGAAGCCAACAAAACUUCCAAAUGCUAAAAAUUCAAUUUUAAAAUUAAAAGAAAAAAAAAUCAUCUCCAUUCUACCUUGAACCUCCUACACAUAUGAGCUUACGAAUUUACUAUAAAUAAGUUAAAACAAAAAUGAAAAAAAAAAGUAAAAAAAAAAAUCAUGAUUAUAAUUUAAGGAACAAAUACUCAUUUGUUAUUAUUUGGUGAUUAAGUUUGGACUCUUGAUUUAGUUUUAUUAUAAAUAAUCAUACAAUUUUUAAGUUAUAUACAGGUUAAAUAAUGUAAAUAAAUUUAUUUAGUUCAAUUAACUAAUUCUACUAUAACUACUUGUUAAUUUUUGUAAUAAUAAAACAAAAUAAUAGAUGUAAUAUCGUUUAUUUUAUGC